CAUAUAUAUCCAUCUUGUAUUAGUCAUUGUGGUUUUUCGCACAAGAACACCACAGAUUAUAUACUGCACGGAACAGACGACAGUCGACGGAAGCAUUGAAGGCAUCGCCCAUGAUAACAUACAAAUUGAAUAUUCAUUUAUUUAGGAAUUAUAUACGGUUAUAGCUCGAAAACUUCCAUAAACCCAAAAUUUUAUAGUGCUUUUGAUCGAAAUUUGUGCGUGGCAAGUGUUUUUAAGGACCUAUUGAAAAUAUAUAUAUAUAUAUACAUUUCGUAUAUAUAUAUAAAUUGAAUUUGAUUUAAAAGUGUUUGAAAAUGGUCAUGGCGGCCUAAUUUUUUUUCUCAUUGUCAAAAACGUGUGUUUUUUGUUUUUUUGAAACUAUUGUGUUUAUUUUAUAAUUUGUUUUUGUUGUAAAUUACGCAAUCACAAAACACUGCCGUAGUCGUAGCCGUAGCCGUACUGAAAAAAUACAAAUAAAAAAUGCGUGAAUACAAAAUAGUGGUGUUGGGUUCUGGAGGUGUCGGUAAAUCAGCAUUAACAGUGCAAUUUGUGCAAGGUAUAUUUGUUGAGAAAUAUGAUCCAACGAUAGAAGACAGUUAUCGAAAACAGGUCGAGGUCGAUGGACAGCAAUGUAUGUUGGAAAUAUUAGAUACGGCUGGAACGGAACAAUUUACUGCAAUGCGUGAUCUCUACAUGAAAAAUGGACAAGGAUUCGUAUUGGUAUAUUCAAUAACUGCACAAUCAACUUUCAAUGAUUUACAAGACUUACGUGAACAAAUUUUAAGAGUUAAGGAUACAGAUGAUGUGCCUAUGGUUCUCGUAGGUAACAAGUGUGAUUUGGAGGACGAACGAGUUGUGGGCAAAGAUCAGGGCGGUAAUUUGGCGCGCCAGUUCAACUGUGCCUUCAUGGAAACCUCUGCCAAAGCCAAAAUUAAUGUUAAUGAUAUAUUUUACGAUUUAGUGCGACAAAUAAACAAAAAAUCGCCAGAGAAAACAAAGAGCAAGAAGAAGAAACCAUUAUGCACGCUACUUUAAAAGUAUCGAAAUAAAACAAAAUAUUUUUGGAAUGAUGCGAGUUCAGAAAAAAUAAAACAAACAUUUUCAACAAACAACAUUUAUUAUGAAAGAUUUCAUGAAACCAAAAUGAAAAUAUAGUUUAAACAUUUAACAAAACAUAAAUAAUUAAACAUACAAAA